AUGUUUGACAUAGAUGAUGUUGUAGACCAACACAUUGUACUGAGUGUUGGUCAAGAGUUUAUAAAUGUUAAUCAGUUUGGAGAGGUGUUAAUGGAAUAUGAAAUUCAAGAAGGAAUUCAAGUUUUGAAGAAGAAAAAUGAUAAGAACAGAGUCACUGGAAUUUACAGUGGGAGAGGUUGUCCAUGGAGGAUUCAUGCAUCACCUAACAGUGAUGGGACCACCUUUGUAAUCAAGACACUUAACCCCAAUCACACAUGUCAGAGGUUUAGUAUUAAAAAGGACGGUGUAACUGCAGCAUGGAUAGCAAAGAAAUUGGCUUCCAAUGUUAGGGCAGAUCCACAUAUGAACAUCAAUGUAAUGGAAGACUAUUUAGCAGAAAAGUAUGGUGUGAAAGCUAAUAAGACUAAAUUGUACAAGGCUAAAUGUAUUGUCAAUGAAGAAACUGAUGGCAGUCAUACAAGGGCAUACAAGAAGUUAGAAAAUUAUGGGCUUACGGUUAAGGAAAAAAACCCUGGGACAGAAUUUGUGAUUCAAUACCAGAAUGCAAAUAGAUAUGGACAAGAGAAGCAUGGAGUGAUACUAGUAAAUCCACAAUUCAUGCGACUGUUUAUAUGCUUUGAUGCAUAUAAGCAAGGCUUCUUGAAGGGAUCAAUUACAAUUGAUGGGAACAAUGAAAUAUUUCCCCUUGCAUAUGAUGUAUCUGAAACAGAGUGUAAAGAUAGUUGGUUAUUCUUUCUUCAUCAAUUACUUGGAUGCACUGGGACAGUCAUACCUACUAGGGAACCAUUUACAUUCAUGACAGACAAACAAAAAGGUCCGAUUGAAGCAAUUGGAAUCAAGUUCCCAGUAGCACAUCAUAGGCACUGUAGUAGACAUCUAUAUAAUAAUUUCAAGACAGAGUUUGGAGGUGGACCUGCAUUGAGGGGAUAUUUUUGGAGACCAAGUAAAUCAUAUAAUGCUACUGGUUUUCAAAGAGCAAUAAAUGCCAUGAAAGAGGAGAAGCUAGAAGCAUAUGAGUGGUUGAUGAAGACUCUUAUCUGUAUGUGGGCAAGACAUGCUUUUGAUCACAGAGUCAAAAGUGAUCACAUUGCCAAUAAUAUGAUAGAGUCAUUCAAUCAAAUGAAAAAGAAGCUUGAUGUGUUGCAGAAAGAUAUCAGGUAUUGUCAUCCAGUAUAUGCUGGAGCAGAUGAAUUUGAGGUGCAAGAUGGUCUGAAUAGUUAUGUGGUUAACCUAAGAAACAAGAGCUGUGAAUGUGGAGUCUGGGUAGCAACUAGAUUGCCAUGUAAGCAUGUUGGUUUAACUAGUAAUUGGACUAGGGUAGGAGUGUUGGAUUAUUGUCACUCAUAUCUGAAUACAAAGAGAAAUCUCAUGGCCAAUGGUGAGAUGAUUCAUCCACUAUCUGAUGUGAAGCAUUUACCUGACACUGCCUUGCUUCCUCCUAUUUUGAAGAGGUCAAUUGGUAGACUUAGUAAAAAUAGAAAGAGAGAAGCUGAUGAGCCACCUAAACAAGAUAACAAGAGGAAGUCCUCCAGUAUUAGGUGUGACAGAUGCAAAGAAUAUGGUCACAAUAGGAGAACAUGCAAAGGAGGUCCAAUUAAGGGUAAAAGAAAAGGGACAUCCUCUUCUCGAAGCAGUGGUGUCAAGAGGAAGAGCAUGGCUGAAGAGCCAACUCUCUCUCUCUCAGAAGGUUACAAGGUCUUCUCAAAAUUCAACUACAACCUCUAA